AUGGAUCGUGCCCCACCAAAUCGUUCGUGGAUGUAUGAUAGGUGUCAUAGAGGAAGAGGUGCUUUGAAAGAGUCUUUUGUAUUGGGUGUUGAAGAGUUUAUAAGUAAAGCUUGUGAACAAGAACGUUAUCGCAGAGAUGGGGGUCUUCGAUGUCCAUGUUUAAAGUGCGAUUGUACAAAGAUUCUGAACGAAAGAGUUGUCAAGGUUCACCUCUACAGGGUGGGUUUCAAGCCUAAUUAUUUUAUUUGGGAGGAUCAUGGGGAAAGAAUGCCAGAAGAUGAUGUACAAAAUCAUGAAAGUGUGAUGGGUGUAGAGACGGAAGGUGGUCCAAUUAACCAAUUUAUGGUGCAUGAUGCUCUUAGGCAAAAUGAGUCGUGCCAAGCAUCUACUUCAGAUANCAUUGAAGAGGCUCCGAAUGAAGAAACACAAAGGUUUUAUAAUCUUUUGUUGGAUGCAAACAAGCCAUUGUAUGAAGGAGCAUCAGACUCGAAAUUAUCAAUGUGUGUCAGGCUAUUAGCUUGCAAGUCAAAUUGGAAUAUUCCUAACCAAUGCUUAGAUUUUAUUGCAAAAAUGGUUCUGGAUGGAACACCCAUCAAAUCAAGUUUGCCUAAAUCAUACUACGAUGCAAAAAAACUACAAAGAACGUAUGCCUCAACACAAACUGUAGGACACAUGACAUGGCAUUAUGAGAACAGGUCGACGAAUGGUGUUUUGCGUCAUCCAUGUGAUGGAGAGGCUUGGAAGCACUUUGAUAGAGUAUAUCCUCACUUUGUUAUUGUUACCCCUUACAAUCUUCCUCCAGAAAUCUGCAUGUCUAAACCUUACAUGUUCUUGACAUGUCUCAUUCCUGGGCCAUUCAAUCCAAAGGUUGGCAUAGAUGUUUACUUAGAGCCCUUGAUAGACGAAUUGAAGAAGUUGUGGACGAGUGUCUUAACGUAUGAUAUUUCAAGGAAACAAAACUUUAUUUUGAGGGCCAUGCUGAUGUGGACAAUUAAUGUUUUUCCUGCUUAUGGUAUGUUGUCCGGCUUGAGCACUCGUGGUAAACUAGCAUGUCCAUAUUGCAUGGAGUAUACAAAGGCUUUUAGAUUAUAUCAUGGGGCAAAAAAUUCCUGGUUUGACUCCCAUCAGAUGUUUUUACCGAAUGACCAUGCCUUUAGGAGGAAUAGAAAUUCUUUCAAGAAGGGGGAAGUGGAGAUGAAUGAUGCACCACCAUAUCUGACGGGAGCAGAAGUUUGGAAUAGAAUCAGGGGUUAUCCUAAAAUAACUUAA